AUGAAUAGGUCACCAAGUGAUUUUCAGAAGUUUGCAAAGGUCUUUCAACAGCAACUAUCUCGGGUGCAGCAAUCGGGUGGGGGUAGAGGUCCCCGUGGAGGAGUUCCUCGUGGUUCGUUUACUGGAGCUGGCGCGUUAGUAUUAUUAGGUGGAUCUGCAUUAUUUCUAAAUUCUGCGCUUUUCAAUGUUGAUGGUGGUCACAGGGCUAUUGUGUACUCGCGCAUUGGUGGUAUUUCGCCAAGAAUUUAUAAUGAAGGUACUCAUUUUGUCAUUCCAUGGAUUGAAACACCUAUUGUUUACGACGUAAGAGCAAAGCCGCGUAAUGUAGCUUCUCUAACUGGUACCAAAGAUCUACAAAUGGUAAACAUCACAUGCAGAGUUCUUGCAAGACCUGAUGUUGCAGAACUUCCAACAAUAUUCCGUACUUUGGGUCAAGACUACGAUGAGAGAGUGUUACCUUCAAUUGUUAAUGAGGUUUUGAAGGCUGUUGUAGCGCAAUUUAACGCGUCUCAAUUAAUCACACAGAGAGAAAAAGUCAGCAGACUAAUCCGUGAAAAUUUAGUUCGUCGUGCUAGCAACUUUAGCAUUCUGUUAGAUGAUGUCUCCAUCACCUAUAUGACAUUCUCACCGGAAUUCACAAAUGCAGUUGAGGCUAAACAAAUUGCCCAGCAGGACGCACAGAGAGCUGCAUUUGUAGUUGACAAGGCGAGACAGGAAAAACAGGGUAUGGUUGUCAAAGCACAAGGUGAUGCGAAAUCUGCAGAAUUAAUUGGUGAAGCCAUCAAAAAAUCGAAGGAUUAUGUAGAGUUGAAAAGGUUAGACACUGCGAGGGAGAUUGCUCAGAUUUUGUCGCGCUCUCCAAACAGAGUCAUUCUUGACAACGAGGCAUUAUUAUUGAAUCCCGCCCUUGACAGCAGAUCGAAGAAAUGA